AUGUUCGCCGUCCCAGGAUGGUCCGUCGCGGCCGAGGGUCUCAAAACCGAGACCCAGGUGAAGAAGGCCAGCAACCCCGCCAAGAACGAGAGCAAGAAGCGCAAGAGGGCCAACAAGCAAGAGAAGAAGGAGAAGAAGGCGCCUACAUCGGGCGCUAACUCCGUCCUGGUGAACCCUCGCGUCUUUGGAGAAAAGAGGGAGGAUGCUCCUGCUGCUACGGCUGAGGCUGAUCACGAUGGUGACGAUGCGGAUGAGGCUGAGGUCGAGACGCCUAAGCCGAGCAAGAAGCAGAAGAAGGAGAAGAAGGAAAGGAAGAGCGAAGGAGGAGAACAGACGCAGGAGACGCCCAAAUCCGACAAGAAGGAGAAGAAGCAGCGCAAAGAAAAGUUCAACAACGAAAAUGAACCAGCCACAGCAGCAGCAGCAGAGACUACACCGUCAAAGACACACAAGACAGCCUCGACAGACAAGCAAGACAAGCUCACCCCCCUCCAGCGCUCCAUGCGCCAGAAGCUCGUCUCGGCCCGCUUCCGCCACCUCAACGAGACGCUCUACACCCGCCCCUCGGCCCAGGCCUACCAGCUCUUCGAGGACUCCCCCGAGAUGUUCUCCGAGUACCACGAGGGCUUCCGCCGCCAGGUCGAGGUCUGGCCCUCCAACCCCGUCGACGGCUACAUCCGCGACAUCAAGCUCCGCGCCAGAGCCCGCUUCCCCAACGCUCGCGGUGGUGGACGCCCCGGCGGCGCACCAUCGAAGCCCGACGGCCCUCAACCUCUGCCCCGUACCGACGGGACGUGCUACGUCGCUGACCUGGGCUGCGGCGACGCCCGCCUCGCCUCGACUCUCGAGCCCGAAUCCAAGAAGCUCAAGCUCAAGAUCAUGAGCUACGAUCUCCACUCCCCCGCGAAACACGUCACAAAGGCCGACAUCGCCAACCUGCCCCUCGAAAACGACUCGGUCGACAUCGCCAUCUUCUGCCUCGCCCUCAUGGGCACGAACUGGCUCGACUUCAUCGAGGAGGCCUACCGCAUCCUCCACUGGAAGGGCGAGCUCUGGAUCGCCGAGAUCAAGUCCCGCUUCGGCCCCGUGCACCGCAAAAAUGCCGUCGUCUCGCACAGCGUCGGCAACCGCAAAAAGGCAGCGGCCGCCGCAGGAAAGAAAACCAAAGAACCCGAGGAGACGGAGGAGGAUCGCACGGCUCUCGCCGUCGAGGUCGACGGCCACGAGGACAAGCGCGGCGAGACGGACGUCUCCGCCUUUGUCGAGGCGCUGCGGAAGCGCGGCUUCGUCUUGGCGGGCCAGGGCGAGGGCAACAAGGGUGCGGUGGACCUGUCCAACAAGAUGUUUGUCAAGAUGCACUUCAUCAAGGGCGCCGUGCCCACCAAGGGCAAGGGUCUUGCCGCGGCCAAGGCGGCCGGCUAUGUCGACAAGGAGAAGAAGCAAAAGAGGUUUGUGUGGGAGACGGAGGAGGACAAGGUUGAUGAGACGGGUAUCCUGAAGCCGUGUGUGUACAAGAUCCGGUAG